ACACUGUCAGAUCUCUGAAGCUGAGACAUCAAUAGCUGCGUAACGGGAUCAUAUGGACACACAGGGUGACUGAUGCUUUUUUCUGAAACAGUCAGCGGGAACCUUUGACAGAUCAAGGAUGAGUUAGCAGCCCAUGACUGCACUGCUGGAAGUGGGAGCUUGUUCUAGUGAAUCAGCAUCCAUUACACAACAACAUUAUCUUCAGCGAAGUACUGCUGGAGGAACCUGCCUGGAUCUUAGCAGAACCUCAGUACAUGCUGUUGACCAUGCGGCAGACCAAACAGCCCAUCUUCAUGCUGACGGUGUUUGGAUACCUAAUACCUGUCAUUUGGGGUUUUCCGUUUGGACCGGUUCUUGAUAUGGAUGUCACCCCCAGGACAACUGUAAAUGUCAGCGGGCUGCUGGGUUGUAAUCAUUUCCAUGGAUCUGCAGUGAACUAUAGCUCUCUGUUACUGGAGGAUGGACCAGGGUUGUUGUAUGUUGGGGCCAGAGAAGCCAUUUACAAACUGGACACCACUAACAUCUCUGACACAAAUAUCUCUCUGUCUCUGGAAUGGGCAUCGUCGGCUGAACAGAAGAGGCAGUGCCUGAGUAAAGGAAAGAACAAUCAGACUGAAUGCUACAAUCAUGUGCGGUUCCUGGACAGAUACAAUGACACUCACCUGUACACCUGCGGGACACAUGCAUUCAGACCACGCUGUGCUUACAUAGAUGUGGCACGCUUUACCUUUGUGCGUUUUGAGGAGGGAAAGGAUAAAUGUCCUUAUGACCCUACAAAGGGCUACACUGGGUUUAUAAUAGAUGGUGAGAUGUACUCUGCCUCCCAAUAUGAGUUUCGCAACAUCCCUGAUAUACGACGCAACUUUCCUUUCCCCAACUUGCGGACAGAUGAUUCCCCAACACGAUGGCUACUGGAGUCAGAUUUUGUUGGCUCAGCUUUACUCAGAGAGAGCAUCAACAGCUCCAUUGGGGAUGAUGACAAACUCUACUUCUUCUUCACGGAGAGGAACACAGAACCGACAGCUUACUCCAGUCAGACCAAAGUGGCAAGGGUGGCCCGUGUGUGUAAGGGUGACAUUGGAGGGCAGAGGACUCUUCAGAGGAAGUGGACAUCCUUUCUCAAGGCCAGAUUGGUGUGUGCCAUUCCUGAUUAUGAGCUUCAUUUCAACGUCCUACGCAGCGUUUCUGUCGUCGAGGGAAGCAGCGGACACGACAGUGUCUUUUAUGGUGUUUUUGGACUUGAGUGGAGAAAUGUUAAGAUGUCUGCAGUGUGUCAGUAUUCCCUCAGAGAUGUCCAGACAGCAUUUGAUGGGCCGUACAUGGAACUACAGGACACCAAAUGGAGGGAAUACACUGGGAAAGUUCCAGAACCAAGGCCUGGUUCGUGUAUAACUGAUCAGCAUCGUGCCCUGCUCAUAAAUUCCUCCCGGGAUCUCCCUGACAACGUACUGAAUUUUGCCCGGAGACAUGCUUUAAUGUCCAGACAGAUCCAGCCCGUGGGAGGACGUCCUGUGUUGCUCCAGAGGAGCACGGACUACACCAAGAUGGUUGUAAAACAGGUUGUGGGUUUGGAUGGACAUGUCUAUGACAUGCUCUACAUUGGAACAGAUGAGGGCUGGUUACACAGAGCUGUAAAGAUCAGAGACCGUGUUCACAUCAUUGAGGAGCUUCAGCUGUUCAGCAAGAAACAACCAAUCAAUAACAUGGUGAUAUCACAAAAACAGAACAGUAUCUAUGUGAGCGCUGCCACUGGAGUGGUGCAAGUACCCCUGUCAUCCUGUGAGCGCUACACCUCCUGUUAUGACUGUGUGUUUGCAAGAGAUCCGUUCUGCGGCUGGGAUGGUAGAGUGUGUGCUGAAAUAGCAGCUUACGCUAACAGAUACAAUCUUGUCCAGGAUGUCCAGAUGGGAAGCAGAGGCUGUACUAAUAUUACAAGCAAUGGUUUCGUCAUGCACCGGACACGUUCAGUGAUGGCAGGAGAUGAUGUUCUGUUACAGUGUGAAAUUCGUUCUAACCUGGCCACCCCUCACUGGACGCUGAACGGUCAGAAGCUGCUAGGUUAUGGCGUAGACUUCGGCUACCGCACCGGAACUGAUGGCCUCCUUAUCAUUGGAACUCAGAAUCAGCAAAGUGGACACUACCGCUGUUACGCCGUAGAGAACGGUGUCUGGGUUCCCAUUCGCAGUUACGUGGUAUGGGUCCAACCCGUUCCGCCUCCUGCAUCACAUUCUUUGGGAAUUCCAACGGCUUUACCCGAAAGUUUCUUCACCACCACAACUGUGCCAACUCUGAGUCCUUCCAGCGGUCCCGUUAAGCAACUUCUCUCGCCCCCACCGGGGCAGUUGCCUUCUGGACCGGAGCUCCAGAACUACAGACACAUGGAAGCUAUGUAUAUCUCUCUGGUGGCUGUUCUCGGUGGGCUUUGUCUGGUUCUAACGGUGGUCCUCCUGUACGUUAGCUUCUGUGCACACAACUCUCCCAAUGCCAGAAAGUUCUCCCAGCAAGCUCUGUCCAUAACCAUGGCAGCCGAAAGAAAGAGGAGCUCACACUUUGAGCUUAAAACCAUCUCCAGCCACUGCAAUGGCAGAACGGAGGGCCGUAGCAGAGCGAUGUCAAGAGACGGAGAGUUUCUACAGAUCGUUCCAGCGGACAUCCUGACCACGUCUAGCAAGGAACCUCCGCCUGCACCGCCACUUCCUAUGCCGCCGCCCCUGCCCGCAUCGGAGUAUGCCAAUGGUCUGUCAGCCACGUUGCCAAGUGUGCUAAGAAAGAUGAACGGGAAUAGCUACGUGCUCCUGAGGCAGACAGACACGGAAAUGACGUCUCCGCUUUACCACUCCUUCACCGAGGAGCUCAACAGGAUUCUAGAAAAGAGGAAACACACACAGUUGGACAUCCAGCCAGAUGAGAGCUCAGUGUAGCGUGAUCUCGCACCACUACUAUAUCGCCCCCUUGUGGUCUGGAAGCUUACGUUUUGUAUAAGAGCCAGAAGAAAAGUGUUUUGAAGUUCUUCAUUGUUACUCAAUAUACAACUUCAACUUAUUUGGCAAGGCGCCUUUGAGAAACAUUGAGAAACUUUGAGAGUUUGGUCGAAUUUACUUUGGAUUUCAUAGACAUCAAAUGUAGCUAAAGACACCUAAACUGUGGACCUCGAAGUGUAAAAAUCACAAGAUGAUCUUCAAUCAAGAACAAGCAAGACUGAAUUUGGUUAUGUUGUUUUGUUUUAAAGGAGAAGUAAGAGACUUAAGUACACUGUCCAAAGACUUUCUCAGCAAAGAAAUGCACAUUUGUACAUAGUCAAUGUGGUAUUAUUGCUUAAAUGCAGACGUUUACAGAUUUUUUUGUUUUUGCCUAAUUGCACCUGAUUUAAAUAACAAUAAUUUUAUUAUCAAACGACUAAUAGUCAAAACUUCCUUGUUAGUUCAUUAAUAAUUCAAAAAGAGUUUGGGUUUCGAGCCUAUUGGGAACAUUUCACAAAUGUGAGGGCACAUGUUUUUGAGCUUUGGACUUUUUACACAGUUUCACACUAGAUUGGAGUCAGAUUGCAUAGAGACUUGGAUUGCAGGAGCAGCGAGUGUAAGCACAUGCGCCAUUAACAUCUAUACAGAUACAGAGGUGGUCAUUUUCAGAGCCACUCAGCUGUAGAAUUCAAGGGAUGAGUUGUGUUUCUCUUUGGCAGUGUGUCAGAAGGAGUGAAUAGAUCUCAAAAUGGAAGAAACUCUCUCUGAUGCAUGAUUUCCCUGUCAAAUGAGAUGCUCACAAAUGGAAGUAAAAGCCAAAAUGCCAGGACGUUUGAAGUUAAUUAAUUUUCUGCAUUUUGUAUGCAUGACAGUGCACCUGGUUAAUUGACUUUUAAACCUCAGACAUAAAGGUAUUUCUACCAGGGCUGUCAGUUUAUUAUUGUAAUUUACAAAAAAUGUAUUUGUUAAAAUCAGAUGCACUAGUUAAAAUGUUUGGGGUUAUUGUUUUUGAAAGAAGUUUCUUCAUAUGCUCACCAAGGCUGCAUUUAUUUGAUGGAAAUACAAAAAUAUUCUGUAAUAUUCUGAAAUACUAUAAACAUUUAAAAUAACUGUUUUCUAAAAUGUCAUUUAUUCCUGUGACGGCAAAACUGAAUGGUCAGCAUUCUUCAGUGUCACAUGACCCUUCAGAAUUCAUUCUAUUUCAAAUAUUGACUGAGAUUAAUUAGAUUCAUUAAUCAGCAUAUUGUAAUUAAUUUGAUUACAUUUCAGCUGACAAGCCUAAUAUCUAUUCAUCUUUGUGUUAUUCUUGCUUUGUGUAUUGUGACCCUGGUUUUGUUCUGGUUUCUCAACAGUGUUACACAGAGACGUGUUGAGUCAGCUCUUGUUGUUUCUCCCUAGUGGCUUUCCCAGCUUGUGCUGCUCUGAUUGUCAGUGUUGCUGACAGGAAUAGCACUGCUUAGCAAGGACUCAAUCAAGAUGCAGAGAGAGAUGUGGAGUCUUUUCAUACAACUGCAGAAAGAGUAGGGAGAGAGAUGAUGUGCUUGUUUUGGCCAGGAAGUCGUGAAGCUAUCACAAGUGCCAUCACUAACUCAGUGUGCUUCAGUUCAUCUCUUUUUUCACUUACUCUCACAUUUUCACAUUUUCUUUCAUUCAGGUGUUAUUUUGCAUCCACUUAUUUCUAUCGCAUAUGAGUGUCAACCUAUGCAUUUAAUUCUUCAAAAGUGACAGUAAAAACAAAGUGUUACAAGAGAUUUCUGUAAAUAGUGAUCCAUACAACAUUCCAUUAAAAAAAAAACAACAACAUGAUUUUUGUCAAAUUAUGACAAUAUUAUGAAAUGUUCCAUGAGCAGCAAAUCAGAUUACUUUCUGAAUGAGAAUGUGACACUUAAAACUGGAGUAAUGAUGCUGAAAAUGUAGCUUUGCUGUCACAGGAAUAAAUUACAUUUUAAAAUGUUAUUUGAAAUUGUAAUAAUAUUUCUCAAUAUUCCUGAUUUUACAGUAUUUUUGACCAAAUAAAUGCAUCCUUGUGAGCACAGGAGGCUGAAAUGUUAAUUCACUAGUGGAGAAAGUUAUUAUAAUGUGACGAACAAUUAGAAAGAAACAUUUUUCUUUGGAAUAUUGUGCACGGAUGAAUUGUUCAUAAUACUAACACGUAUUAAGAACGUAAACAAUUUUGAUUUAAUGUUAACUAAGUGCUGUAUGCCUAUGGUGUACUUCUAGUCAUAAACUGUGAUUCCUCAUGAUUGAAAUAUUAGAUUGCAUAUGCACUGCCUUCAUUAUAAUCACACAGAAAGUCUUGCACUUAAUAUUUUCCCAAAGUUUUUGCUAUGCUAACAUGUCAGUCAUGGUGUGUAUUUGCGUACAUAUUGUUUCACUAUUUUAGCGUACACGUACAAAAUGUUAUCUGAUGUUUACAUCCUAUUAAAGUAUUUAUUAUCAUUG